AUGAACGAUAUUGGCAAUGGCCGCAAUACCAACUACAACAACUAUGCUAACCCAAAUAGUGCUGCUACUGCCACAAAACAGUAUUCAUCAUCAAAUGAAGAUGAUUUUGUUCAAUUUAUGAAUGAGAUUCAGGAUAUCAACUCGCAAUUGGAUAACUACUCAAACAUAAUCAACUUGAUUGACAAUAAGCAAAAGAGUUUUUUGUACAAUAUUGAUUUGAAUGAUGAAGAUACUGAAUACAGUUCUCAACAAAUUGAUAGUUUAGUUGCUGAAGCUCAAUCAUUACAACUAGAUUUGAAAGCUAGGAUAAAGAGUGCUCAAGUUGAAGCUGUACAUUCCAAAGAUCAAACUAAAGUUGAUCAAGCUGAAACUUGUAGAAAAAGAUUUUUGGAUCUUAUUCAGGAUUAUAGAUUAGUUGAAGCUAAAAACAAGGAAUCUUCCAAAGAGCAAGCUGCAAGACAGUACCAAAUUAUAAAGCCAGAUGCCACUCAAGAAGAAAUUAGAGCUGUUGUUGAAGAUGGAUCACAACAAUAUUUCCAACAAGCUUUGAUGCAAAGUAACAGAAGAGGUGAAGCACGCUCAGUAUUGAGUGAAGUUCAAGUUAGACACCGAGAACUUUUGAAAUUGGAAAAGACAAUGGCUGAAUUGACGCAAUUGUUUCAUGAUAUGGAAGAAUUGGUUAUUGAACAAGAUCAACCAAUUCAACAAAUUGAAGAACAAGUGGGAACUGCUCAACAUGAUAUAGAACAAGGUGUUGGGCAUACAAACAAAGCAGUCAAGAGUGCCAAAGCUGCCAGAAAGAAGAAGAUUUGGUGCUUGGUUAUUGUCAUUAUUAUUUGUAUCAUUCUUGCUGCAGUUCUUGGUGGAUACUUUGGAUCAAAGUAA